AUGUCUAUACCACUCAUGCUUUCUUGCAAUACACUCCAGCAUGCUGUUGCUAUAUGGGUUUUGGGAUUUACCGCCGUGGAUUCCAUCGCUCGCCCAGCUUUACUCCCUUUACUCUUCCUACUUACUCUAUAUACCCUUCCUCUGAAUGAUGCAAUCCCACACCCUGUUGUCCACGGAUUAGUCAACUUCAAUACAGUUGGCGUUUUCUUUCAAUAUCUAGACUGUGCUUGCAUCAGUCGAUGGUCAUACUUGGCCGGUGGGCCGACCUCCGCCAGAGGAGGACAACGUAAUCUAAGAUCGGAACCUAAGCAAGGCAGCACAGGCAGAGCCACAGCGAGCUUUGGGGAUGUGUUGGCACGAUUACGAUUUGGUACUUCACUUGUCACCUCGUGGCGAGCAGCGGGUACCCCUUGGGAGGUCAGAGGCACUCCAAGGUUUGAACAAGUGCCGAGCCGUGGACGCUUUCUUAUCGAGACUGUGCUCUAUUUAACGUCUGAAAUACUCAUCCUCGACGCUUUGAGCCUGCCAAAAGGAGGGAGACUAGAAGAAAAUGCGUUGAAUUUCGCAUGGGACAGGGUUCGGCUGUUGUCACGAUUGCAGCAAAUAUCAGGGGAGGAGAUCUCCCUUAGGCUCAAGGCCUUGUUGGGGUUCUGGUUAGGAACGUACUACUCCAUUCGAGUCAUGCACCAUAUUCUGGCCAUCGUGGGCGUAAUUACCGGCAUUAAAGAUGUUCAUCGCUGGCCAGCUAUAUUCGGACCUUUAAGCCAAACAUAUACAUUACGCCGGUUCUGGGGUAUCUUCUGGCACCAAACCUUGCGUCAGAAAAGUGGAAGCCCAGCCUACUACAUCACCUACUCAGUCCUCGGAUUGAGCAAAAGAACAGCAAUCGCGCGUUAUUUUCACCUCUUGCUGACAUUCAUUAUGUCUGCAGUUAUACACCUUCUCGCGGAAGAGUAUCCCUGGGGCAUUGACUGGGAUCGUAGCGGCACCACGAGGUUCUUCGUGACCCAGGCUUUCGGUAUUCUCUUGGAGGACCUCGUGCAGACUGCCUUUGCCUCACAUGAACCCCGCUCACGCUGGUGGUCUAAAGCUGUGGGAUGGGUAUGGGUUGCUCUCUUCACAUUCUGGUCUUCACCGUCGCACUUUUAUCCUCGCCUCCAGGUUCUAGACAGCAGUAACGGAGGUGUUCCACCUAUCAGCGUUUUGAGGCCUUUGAUAGACCGCUUAGCAACACACUCUGUAAAGUAA